GACUGAAUGAUUAUGAAGGAAUGGACUAAUGAACUGAGAGUACUGUUAUUCUCAAUUAUUUGUUUCAGCUUGUUUUCUGUUUCGUGCCUUCUUUUGAAUCCGAAAAGGCUGAGUCGAUCUGUCUUUUAGCCAAAUAUACACGACUCAGAAUUCGUGUAUUCCUGGGGUUAAAUAGCACGAGCUUGUUACGCCCCUAUAUAAUUUCUGCACGCGACUAAAGUUUGUCAAACUAACAGGAAACUGUGUGCAGUAGCCUAGAGAAGGCGAAAUUCACUUCUAGCAAAAACCUUUAAGUGCUCACAGAGAAAUAAUUAUAUUCACACAGAAACGUCUUUUUUAAAAAUGGCACUAUUUCCCAGAUGUCUGCUUCGCGGUGUAAUUUUUCCGGUCAAACAGAUGAAUGGACUGCCAGUGAUUCCCAAAUCCAUAACGUUACAUGAGCGCGCUCGCUACAACAGUAAUUCUGCAGGUGUAAGAGAACGCACCCUUGUAGCAGUCAAACCGGAUGGAGUCCAGAGGCGUCUCAUCGGUCAGAUCAUCCAGCGUUUUGAGAUCCGUGGGUUCCGACUUGUUGGUCUGAAAAUGUUGCCGGUGUCUGACGAGCUGCUGUCACAGCAUUACUCGUCCCUGUGCAAGAAAUCCUUCUAUCCCAGUCUGCUGCACUACAUGACCUCUGGCCCUGUGGUUGCCAUGGUUUGGGAGGGGUAUAAUGUGGUGAGGUCAUCCCGAAUGCUGGUUGGACAUACAAACCCAGCUGAGGCUCCUCCCGGGACAAUUCGAGGAGACUUCUGCAUUCACAUCAGCAGGAAUGUGAUCCACGCAUCUGACUCGGUUGAGGUGGCUCAGAAGGAAAUCGCUCUCUGGUUCCAAAGCUCAGAGCUGAUUGAAUGGGAGUGCUGUGACCAUGACAACCUCUAUGAAAUGGAAGGGUGAUGGACCAAAGCAGAGAGAGAAUUUGCCUUAUUUAUGGAGUGGCCAUUGUAAACCAAAACGAGGCUAUGGGGCACACGACAUAGGAUUGUUGUGUUCUACGCAUUCACCAGUGGGUGGCGAGAAUGCAUUAAUGAUCAAUCAUGCUAUUCCUGUAGAAACUUGUAGCCCAAUACCUGCAGGUAGGCCUUGUUUAAAAAUAGGAUGAUAGAGAAAAACAUCCUUCCAGCUAAACAUUCAAUAAUGAAUAGCCUAUUACAAUACAUUAUAAUAAAUGUGCAGUGAGCAGAAUUUAAGCUUGGCAUUAAGCAUUUCUUACCAAUCAAAACGACAGCCUAAUGUUCUGAGUUAAGGCUAUAUGUUUAGCUUAUUGAAUAACUUGAUGAUAGAGAAGACAAACCAUUUGGUGGAAUAAUGCAUCGUCAUAUGAAAUUUGCAAUGAUGUGACUCAAAAACAGUCUCUGGUAGCCUAAAAGUGACAUCACACUUUGUGUGGUGUCAGCCAACAUCAUGUAUCAUGACUUUCUACCCGUGCUGUGCACUGAUUCAGUGUUGCCAAAGCUCCGCUUACCCUUUCUGGUCCUGCGCUGUGCUUUGUGAGAGGGGAAUGGCCAGCGGCUAGAGCAGCAUGGCAAUGUGUGCUUCUUUUACCUAUAUAUCUAACGGUAUAUUUAUAUUUAUAAUAAUUAUAAUUAUCUUUUGCAUUUCUUAUAUAUAUAUACAUAUAUAUUUUUUUUAAAAAAACACAUCACACUUGCCACUGCCCAUAGCAAGACACCUGCUACGUUUGACAGACAUUCCUGUCAUUUAUAAAUAGAUAGUCCGUGUACCCCAUAGCCUCCUUUUGGUUUACACAAUGGCUGCCAUGUGAAAAAGGUGAAUAAGUGCAAAAGAAAGUCAGCACAGUGACACGACUUCUACCUCAAGCACAAUCGUCUGGCAUCCCACUGAUGACUGCACAUAUAAUCUUAUCAAACCACAGCUUUUCAGGGAGAGAAUGUGGAAAUGGAAGAAAAUCCACAAUGAGAUUGUUAAUGGAUGAUCAUAUGAAGCACCAUUAAACACCUAAUAGUGUAUCAAAACUGUACAUAACACUUACUGCCCUGAUAACCUCAUAAUUAUAUAAUCAAUAAUACAGCAAAAUGGAUAACAACGUCUAAUGCAUAACAGGCAAUAUACUGUAGGCAAUGUAAUCGGAGCAGUAACUGGAUUUCUUUUUCAUAUGAGCUUUUCUAUCCUAAUUACAGUAGAAUGCCAAGUCUGUAAAUACAAUAACUAGUUUAAUGUAAUGUUACAAAAUGUACCAGUAUUGCAAGAGAACAUAUGAAUAAACUAAUGAAUCCAAUGCUGGUGAAACCACACUUUAAACUAUCAUCUAUGCAAAACAUCUGUGGAAAACUAUACUUAGUUUUCUAAAAGGAAAUUAUUUGCUAUUCAUAACUCAUUUAAGAAAAACAAAAAGUUCAAGUUAUUCAAGUCAUUUUUUUAAAUUGUGUGAACAGGAAUGACCCAACAUACCUGUAGUGUUGUCCUUGUAGAUUAGCCAUAACACCAGUGCUGUUAAGUUAGUCAACGCAUGACAUACUGUACAUGCAUGGGAUGUGUUUAUUUUAACAUUAUCUUCACUGAGUGUAAUGAUCUUUAGGUUCAAUGUUUUGAAGGUAAGAUUUUUUAUUGAAGAAUUAAUGAGUAAACCACAUUCCCUCUUUCCACACUGGUUCUCAAAAUAAAAGACAAAAAAAAAAAAAAAAAUUUGUGUUUAAAGAAUGA